UCACUUCCCUUCUUCCCUCUAAUCUGUCAUCAGUAGCAACGAUCACUUUCAACCAACACACCAUUCAGCAAUGUCCUCCUUGCCUCCCAGAGAACAAGGUCCUAAGACUGCAGGCCGCGUCUUCAACCGUUUCGCUCACCGCGAUCCCGGUCUGUACCCACUCGCUGGCAUCAUGUUCUUGGUCUUCGCUGGUGCAGGCUUCUUCCUGGCUACGAAGUCCCAGUCCCCCGACGUUGCCAAAAAGUUUGCAGUCGUUCAACACCCCUCUGAAUGGCAGAACACCAGCAGGGUUGAAGCCUGGAAAACUCGUGUGAAGAGUGCUGGUCAUGAUAAGGCUGCAUCCUCUUGAAAUGCGUAACGUUUCCAACCGGAAAGGAAAUGCCCAUUCAUUCUACGGGCAAGGGUCAUCAGCCAUUGUGCAUGUAUUAAAACUGCCUCGAAUCAAUAUGCCACAUGUUACUACAGACUCGGAUGCCUGAUGGUUCAUGUCCCUACAGGAGCAUCAUCACCUCUCCCCCAUCCAAAGUCUACAAUCAAGUCCAGGCCAUAACCUCGCAAGUCGUACCGUCGAAGAAGUUGCUGAGCCAUCAGUUUGACGCCCGGUUGCCAUUGUACCGACGAUGAUGGAGGGGAACCCAUAACGGAAACCAAUGACGGUGGCUCGGUGGCUUCUGCAAUUUUACCUUCGCCUAUUUCAUCCAUCGUUUGCGAAUGCCAGGCUUGGAUCGGCUGAACAACUCUCAGAAUCCAGGGAAAUAACAGGUUGUCCUUGUACAGAACCUCCAUUGAGCGCAAAGCCUUCGAUUCUCGCUGUGCACCGAGAAUGGUUGGGAAGGGAUCAAAUAUAUGUCCGUCAUUGAUAUCGCACCAGCAGCGCUGACAUUGUGUUUGCUCCAGUGUCGUCAGGUUGUUUGAAGUCAGAAAAGACGGCAUCGGCAAGCUGACAGGGGCCCAAUAGCAUGAUGAAGUGAAGAGUGCGGUCAGCAGGACAAUGCAGU